AAAAUGACAUUAAUGGAGAUGUGCUUUUAGAACUUGAUCAUGAAAUUUUAAGAGAGUUAAAGAUCUGGUCUAUUAGUGAUCGACUUAGGCUCUUGGCUGCUGUGAGGUCUUUACUGAAACUUUGUGCCGGAGAUAAUUUACAUUAUCAUUCCAUAAAUAAAUAUGCUAAAGAACCAAUUUCACCUGAAACUGACAAGUUUCCAAUUACUAUCUCAAGAUCAAAUUCUCGUACACGAGCAAGAUCAAAUUCUACUAAUCGUGGACAUUACUCCCCGAGCUUACCUUCGGCAAAU